AUGGUUUACAUCAAGUCCUUUGCCUCUACAAUUGCUCUGGCGGCUCUCAGCAUUCAGACCGUCACCGCCGCCGACUGGUUCGUCGUCGGUGUUCAUGAUGACUGGAAGUCUUCGCGCACUGGCGGUACAACUCACAAGUACUCCAUAGCUGCAAAGAACAUGAACACCGGCGCGGAGGUGGAAACCAAACACUCGGGUGCUGGCCGCAGCUCCGACGAUAUUUGCGGCUCCAAACUCUUUGGUGCUGAAGUUUGGUGCUUCCAGCCUGGAAACAUUGGCAAGGAAUGCCAGGGUUAUGAGGUGGCGGCUUUCAAUUCGCGCAGAUGCCGCACCUACUGCCCAUCGAUUGGAGACAAGUCACCUUUGUACAACUACAACUUGGUUACUAGUGGAGAGUGGUUCAGGGUUCAUCUUAUCUGUGACAGGCCCUACCCUUAA